CUGAAGCCGGCUAAUAUGGCUGCCACCUACUUCCUUCGCCGGGUUGCGGCUUCCUUGGCAGGGUUGCUGCUGUUGUCUUUCGGCGGCUUGGUCGCUAGUCAGAUCGAGGAUCAAGCAGAACAAUUCUUUAGAAGUGGCCAUACAAACAAUUGGGCUGUUUUGGUCUGCACAUCCCGAUUCUGGUUUAAUUAUCGACAUGUUGCAAAUACACUUUCUGUUUACAGAAGUGUCAAGAGGCUUGGUAUUCCUGACAGUCACAUUGUUCUAAUGCUUGCAGAUGAUAUGGCAUGCAAUGCUAGAAAUCCCAAACCAGCUACAGUGUUUAGUCACAAGAAUAUGGAACUAAAUGUAUAUGGAGAUGAUGUGGAAGUGGAUUAUAGAAGCUAUGAGGUAACUGUGGAGAAUUUUUUAAGAGUAUUAACUGGGAGAAUCCCACCUAGUACUCCUAGGUCAAAACGUCUUCUUUCUGAUGAUAGAAGCAAUAUUCUUAUUUAUAUGACAGGACAUGGUGGAAAUGGUUUCUUGAAAUUUCAAGAUUCUGAAGAAAUUACCAACAUAGAACUUGCAGAUGCUUUUGAACAAAUGUGGCAGAAAAGACGCUACAAUGAGCUACUGUUUAUUAUUGAUACAUGUCAAGGAGCAUCCAUGUAUGAACGAUUUUAUUCUCCUAACAUAAUGGCUCUAGCUAGUAGCCAAGUGGGAGAAGAUUCACUCUCGCAUCAACCUGAUCCUGCAAUUGGAGUCCAUCUUAUGGAUAGAUACACAUUUUAUGUCUUGAAAUUUUUGGAAGAAAUUAAUCCAGCUAGCCAAACUAGUAUGAAUGACCUUUUUCAGGUAUGUCCCAAAAGUCUGUGUGUGUCUACUCCUGGACAUCGCACUGAUCUUUUUCGGAGGGAUCCUAAAAAUGUCCUGAUAACAGAUUUCUUUGGAAGUGUACGGAAAGUGGAAAUUACAACAGAGACUGUUAGUUUGCAAUCAGGUUCAGGAAUUGAAAACAGUUAUAAGGAAGACCACAUGGAUGAAGAACUAACGGAGCCUCUGAAAUACGCUGAACAACUUCCUGUAGCUCAGAUAAUACACCAGAAACCAAAGCUGAAAGAUUGGCAUCCUCCUGGAGGGUUUAUACUGGGAUUGUGGGCGCUCAUUAUCAUGGUUUUCUUUAAAACUUAUGGAAUCAAGCAUAUGAAGUUCAUUUUCUAGACACGAUAAUUUAUGAAGAAGGCUGCACAGCAGACUGCCAACUUGGAUAAAAAUUUGUAUUAUUAUGUGUUUUUUUCCUAUACAUUGCUUUUGUGUGAAUUGCCAAAGAGUAUAAGGAAACUAUACAUUUGGGUGGACUAUAUUGAUUUUUUUAACUUAAAGAAAAAUAAUUAUCAUGGCACUAAAUAUAUUACACUUUUUCAUUUUCUGUGUUAUGACAAAAAUGGGAUAAAGAGGUCAGAAAAACCUGUCUGAUUCUUUUUGAAAGUAAUAAUUUUCCCUCAUCCCUUUUUCAUUUGGAAAAGAAAAAUGUGAAGACAUUAAAUUCUUGCUAGCAGAGGUAGCUUCUAUUAAUAUUUUCAUGAAUUUCCUCCCAAUGUUUAUCUGUGCAUGUAUUUUUUUCUUUUUCCAAAAUAGAGACCAUUAAAAUAUACCAUUUUGUAAACUCUUUUUAUUUUACAGUGUGUUAGCCUUUUCCCUCUCCUUCAUAUUCUUUGAGAACAUGUUAUAGAGAGCUGCAUAGAAAUUUAUUUAAUACUGUUCUGCUGUUGGACCACUUGUUCCAGAUUUUCCUUUGAUUCAUUCUUUAAUGUGACAAUAUGUUACUGACAGCCACUUGUAGAAUUGUCAGCUGUAAUAAUAAGCAAGUAUGAGAAACUGGUCUCUAAUCUAUGGUACUGACAGUUUGUCGGACCUUUUUUGUUGUCAGUUUAUCUGGAAAAUUUAAGACAUUUUGGAACUUGACAUACUGACUGCUCAACAGAAACAAACCCCACUUUUUUCCCCACUUCUGAGCGUGACCCUUGAGAAUUUUUCACCUACUCUUUAGUUUCUGUCUUGAAAGAGUUAGCCAAAAGCAUUUUAUUUUAUUCUAUUUAAGUUAGAUUGGCUGGAUUGACACAUUGUGUAAGAACAAUUUUAUAACAUGGAUGACCUGUUUGAGAAAUUUUUAUUUAUGGCCCUUCUUUCAUAUCUGACUGAUGAGUCAUGUAAGGCAGUGAGUCACAUAAGGCAGUAAGUCACAUAAGGCAGUAGGACCCCUUUCUGGUCUUUGACAAUACAAAAGCUCAUAUCCCCAUCACUGAUUUAUUUUUUUAGCCCACCACACAUCUUUGGAUCUUUCUCAUAAUUGGAAAUAGUAUUGAGAUUGUGCUUUGUGAUCAACCUCAAAUAUUUCUCUUUCUUUCAAAAUUUUGCGUAUGAGAGGGGGAAAAAAAACUUGAAUGUUCAUCUCAGGGGUGCCUUUAUAUGUUUCACCUGUUUUAUCCAAAAACUUGCAUGUUAAUCUUGAGCAUUGCAAAGGUCUGUUCUAUAAUUGUAGUAACACUGAAAAGACAUCUCUUCCUCCACAAUAAAACCUCCUAAAAUUAAUAUUCCUUAGGAUUUGUUUCCCUUUAGCACUUAAAAUAUUAGCCUUUUGUUACAUACAAAAAGGUCAUACUUUCCCAGGCAGAGGAUUAACUGUUAUCCCCUAGGUUAGAACAAUUAAUAUUGAAGCUUUUGCCAGCUCUGGUUCUUCAUUUAAUUGAUAUUUUUGUUGGUGUGCUAUGUAAGUGAAGAAGUAAAAUUUUUAUCUAAUUAUAUGGAGAAGGAUCCCUUUGUACAUAGAAAAAGGGGGGCGGGCAGACUUAAGUUUGCUAAGAGACAAAAAGGUUGAAUGUGAAUGUGAAGGUUAUGAACACUAUGAUAGGAAGGAGCUACUUAGGAUGGUAAAGGAAGUAUGAUUGUUCUUGAGCCAAAAUGAUUUGGUUUGAAUAUAAUGAAACAUAUCCUGAUUGUAAAGACUGUUGGAAAGUAAAAAGAUUGGUCUUCAGAGGUUGUAAAAGGUGCCCUUCUUAGUUAAAACCAAACUGGGAAAAGUAAUACGGGAUGUACUAGACAGGAUUAAUUUUGCUCAGACAGAGUUUAAAAGGGCAGUUAUUUCUCUCUGUUCCAUUUACUGAAUUUUCAGAAUAUAGUUAAAGCAUAAAGAUUAAAAUAUGUUAAAUGCUUAGCCUGUGACCAUAAUUGUUUUACAUAAAGUAUAUUCUGCUUUCAGUAAUAAGAGAUCCUCUGCAUGUGCUAAGUGGUAUUUUUAAGAAAUAUUGUAAGUGCAAUUAAAUGGUCUAGACUUUAAAUGAUAGCAUAAAAGCACAUCCUUAAACGUAUUCUGCUUGAGACACAAAGAGCUGAACAACUGAAAGGUGUUUUCUUUUUGCAUUUUCACAGUGUUGUUGACAGAUGAGAUAAUGUUAUGACUAACCACUUUGGAAAUUGUAAAUAUAUGGUGGUAUUAUUGUUUUUAUUUCUGCUUAGGAAGAUAUCAAGGGGGAAGUUAAUAGUGACAAUGUCCCUCUUUCUCUUGCACUUAUUUACCUUUCUUAGCUACUCUAUGUGAUUCUUAUUCUCUUUGGAAUUCUUUUCUCCUCCCUCACUGUGUCUUUCAGAGAGAAAAGGAAUAUAGAUAAAUGGAUCCCAACAGACAUGUCCUGACAUUUGGGGAGGGGCAGGGUAUAAUGAUGCCAUCCUGCAAAGGCAGCCUGCCUAUGAAAAAAAAACAAAAUGAUGUGGAUAUUAAUAUUAUAGAAGACAGACAUUUGCAGUUGAUGAAAGGGAAAUGUAGUUUGGAUGCAAAGCUGAUUAAAUUGGAUUAAAAAUUAGAAUGAAAUUUAAAAAAUAAUGCAUGCAUUUAUGGUUUCUAUUUUUAUAUAUCCUCAGCUAGUUGAAAAUGAUGAUUCCCACAAGAAGCAUAACUCAGCUUGUUUCUGCUUACUGAAUAUUUUCUACUAUGGUAUAUGUUGAUAACAUUUCUUCCAUUAUGUACGUGGUAUAGCAGAGUUACAGUUACUGUGGGAAUCAUAAUUUGAAAUUUUGACUUGUGUGUUUCUAGACUCUUUGCAACAAAUAUUGCAUUAACAUAGAACUUUUUACAGUUGAUUAUACCUAAAUUAAGCCCAUCUGUAAAAGGUACUGUUUAACUUUUGAAAGAAAUAUUUUAUAAAGAUACCACAAGAUAUGACUAUGAGAUAAUGGGAUCAGUAUCCAUUUUUUGCUUUAUGGAAUCAGCCUCAUUACUUCGUUGUCACAUCUCAUACCUGAGGGCAUUUACCACAAAGAAAGUGUUCUCCAAUAUUAUGCUGUUCUGUUGCUGUCUAUCUUACAUGUGCCUGUCUGAAAACAUAAAACUAUAAAUCUAAAAUAUUUCUUAACUGUCUGCUGUUUAAGUAUGAAAUCCUUUCAGUUCAAUUCAUGGGCAAUUCACCUUGGUGGGAACCAGUCUUUUUUUUUGUUUUGUUUUGUUUUAGUGCAAAAAAUUUAUUUUGGAAAUAUGCUAUGAAAUAUUUGGUUGAAUUUAACUGUUUAAUUUAAAGAUCUCUUUAGUAAUGGGAUGAAUAUAGAUGAAGGUGUAGCCAAGAAACUGGUGAUUAAAAAUUCAUUUACUCCAAACAUGGCAAGGUGGUCACUGUCAUUCUUUUUCAGCUGGGUGCUUGCAGCCUCAGAGACUUUAGAGGACUUCAAGAUUUGCCCAAGGUAUACCUAGUCAUAUUCUGCCAGGUG